AUGGAGUUACUAUCAUGGCUGACCAAUGGACUGAAGGAGAUAUUACUUGAGCAAAAUAGCGAAGGGGAGAACUUUUUCCAUGAGGCGGCUCGCUCUGGAAGUUUCUCAACCUUAUCCAGAUUUGCUCCUUACAUCCGUGGAUUUGAUGCUGCGACAGGUUUGAAUACCCGAAAUCAUAACGGGCAAAUGGCCUUACAUGUUGCGGCAGUUACACAUGACAAAUUAUAUGCAGUGAAAUUAAUUCAAGUUCUAAAAGAGAUGGGAGCUGACAUCAACGGACAAGAAGGUGCUGAAGGUAAUACUGUUCUACACUUAGCAGUUUCACAACAAGGAUAUGAGCUGGCAGAGUGGCUGUCCCUUCAGGAGGAUAUCGAUUUGGAAAUUCGCAAUAACGACAAUCUGACACCCUUGGGAAUGGCUAAGAGCAAGAAGGACAAGAAAAUGAUAAAAAUUUUGAAAAACGGUUACAAUCAGAGACGCUGAUUAAUGUAACGAAUAAAGUGACGUUUCGUGUAAAAAUUAGUGGAGUGAAAACAUUCCCGUUCUUUGUUCUUCCGAUUGUGCGCAAUUCUUAUGUAAUUAAAGUUGAUAAAAGACUUGAGUAGUUUUCAUUCUUUACUCAGUCAGCACAAUCCUAUUUCGACCAAUGCGAUCUAGCACAGCCACACAGUAUAAGGUGACGUAGGGCAAGAAAAAUAAUAAGAAAAUGGAGGCUAAUCUGCUUCUAGGCAAUCAGCCUGAAACAGAGAAUAUCCAAAAUAGUAAAUACAUAAAUAUCGGCUGCCAUUCGAAGUGCCUAUUAGUAUCAAAAUCAAAAUAUUGUUUGUUUCACUAUCAGUUAGCUAAUACUAAUUAGUGUCAACAUUCCCUCAAAGUCACAGAUAAAUGUUAUAGUUCAUUGUACUGUUUAAAGUACCAUAUAUAACAAUUUCUAUAAAGUUUCAGUCUUAAUUCAUUACUCGAUUGAUGUAUUCAUAACUUAGGAUGAUAAGUGCUCGGUAACUGUCUCAUGUAAAUUUCAUUUCUCAUAUGAAAUACUUUUACAAUUUACCAUAAAUUCAUAGUCACUAAUGCUAGAGUCUGCAGCUGUGUUUUCUCUU